AUGAAGAAAUUAAUUUUCAACCCUGAUUACAUGGACCAUCAAUAUGGUGUCUUCUUCUUCCUCCUCGUCAUCGCGAUCAAUCCUUUCACCGGAUCCCGCGAGAGCUACGAUAUAACCAGUCGAAGACCUCCGGCGACGCUAAAACGUGUGGGACCUCAACGCAGAAAGAACUGGAUUUUGUACCAGUCGGCCCUAGAGAGAGAAUUUCUAGGUUGGUGGGAGGAAACCGAGUAUGGCCAGAAGCUGAACGGGGACGGUCAGUCCCAAAUCAAAUGGUCUACUGAGUCGCGUCACGCCGACGUUUGGAAACACUUUGACCAAGUAGCCGAUAUCGAUUCUGGCCUCCCACGGGUCUUCUGCCAAGCCUGCCUUACUCUGCUUGACCACCCGCAGUACAAAAAGAACGGGACAAGCGCUAUGAGUAGACACCAAAAAUCCAACGCUUGUCGCAAGGGAAAGAAAAGAGGAUCUCAUCAAGCUCUGAUCUCGGAUUCGUUACAAAAUCAUUCCCUCAGGGAGUCACUCAGUGGGUACAGGGUAACAGCAUUCCAACUUGAGGAGCAACUAUUGAAGACUAUCACCUGUCUUCGGUUGCCGUUUCAAACAGUGGAGAACCCUGUGUUCCAGAGACUGCUCAACCUCUUAUACUCUGGACCUGGGACACUGGAAUUUCCGUCAGCAAAAACCCUGCGAAGACGGCUCCGGGAUGCGGUUACGGUUCAACAAGAGUCGCAGUUACUAGAUCUGCCUGAAGAUGCUAAGGUGUCACUUGCUUUAGAUUGUUGGACUAGCCCAUUCCAGCAAGCGUUCAUGGCAAUCACAGUCUACUUCAUCGACAAAGCUUGGAACUACCGGGAAAUGCUCCUUGGCUUUGAACCGCUACACGGUCCUCACACAGGGAGCAAUCUCAGCGAUGUUCUCCAUCAGUUACUAAAGGAACGCAAACUCUUAGAUCGCAUCUUCAGUGUUACAACAGAUAAUGCGACCAAUAAUGAGACCUUGAUCCGCGCUUUGCAGGAAAAACUGAUAUCCACUGGCGCGAUUGGCUCUAGGGAAUCUAUUGUCCGGGUUCCUUGUAUGGCCCAUGUGAUCCAACUUUGCCUGAAACAGCUUUUAGGGCAUAUUAGAGCAGCGCCCAAGAAUAAAGAAGUGAGGACUUUUUGGUCUGACACUCAAGCUAUUAGUUUAAGGGACUCAGCAAAUCACGGGGACGUGGCUCAUGCCCUGGCAAAGAUUCGAUCAUUCGCGGUGUUUGUUAAUGCAAGCCCCCAACGGCGAGAUGCAUUUUUAUGUCUUCAAUCAGGCGGUACCCGGCUAUUUCCGUUACAUGAUGUUCAAACACGCUGGAAUUCCACGUUCCUCAUGCUUCGUCGUGCGCGUCGACUACGAAAUAUCAUCGACAAAUACUGCUGCGAUCAUGAAUACUCGCAGUUCAAGGUUACCGAUGUUGAAUGGCGACAGAUUGACUACCUGGUCCACUUGACCAAACCGUUCUUUCGGUUCACUAUGGCUCUGAUGAAGACCAAAGAUGUUACGAUUCAUAGCGUGUUCCUUGUGUAUAGGAAACUUCUGGAGCAUAUUGAACGGUCAAAUCGAAAAUUAAAGAAAAAGACGACGCCUUGGAAGAAGGAUAUGUAUACCGCGCUGCUUGCUGCGAGGCAGAAACUGAAAGAGUACUAUGAGAAGACCUAUCGCGACCACGGUUUUCUCUACGGCACGGGAACUCUACUUGCUCCUCAAUAUAAACUAUCUGCUUUUGAUGAUAGGGAGUAUUCUACUUGCCAUGAGGAAACUUCAAAAAGGUAUUGUGAAUACUUGAGAACAUGUUUCACGCAGUAUCAACAACAAAACCCCGAACUAUUGCUUCGCACAGUACAUCGUGCUUCCGCACUGCAAAGUUCGGAACUUGAUCGGCUGCUUGAACCAGUUGAUGGCUUUAUGCUCCAUGAAGGGACAGAGCAUGACGAGGUGGAUCAGUAUCUCAGAGAAGCAAAUGUUCCCGUUCCACCACGGCUGUAUUGGAGAGAACAUGAGCGCGAAUUCCCAGUGCUUUCUCGGCUUGCACGCGACUUGCUUUCGGUUCCUGCCACCGGCGCGGGCGUGGAACGGCUUUUUAAUAGUGCGCGAGACAUCUGCCAUUAUCGUCGAGGAUCUCUUCAUGAAGCGACUAUUCAAGAUUUGAUGAUGUGGAUGGGAAUGGGAACUACGCCGAACAAUGUGGAAGAUGAAGCAUCACGUCGCAACUCUCAUAUUGACGGGCUAUUAAAAUCCGAAAGGGAAGUUGCGAGGGAGACCACCAAUGUUCUUUUACUUGGGCCCGAUGAUACAGGCAAAUCGACAAUUAUCGAGCAAAUGAGGAUCAUAUCCCUACAUGGCUACUCUGAGGACGAACGGGAGGACAUUCUCUACACUCAUCACCAAAGUAAUGGAGCUGCCGAGAUCUCCUUUACACUGACCGACAUCAAUUGGCGCGUGGUGGAUCUAGGUGGCCAAUGUCUGGGAAGAAAAAAGUGGAUGCAUUGCUUUGAAGACGUGGAUUGCCUCAUGUUCGUGGUCGCACUGUCCAGUUAUGAUCAGUGCCUAGUUGAGGGUCAUCGCUCUAACCUGAUGCAGGAAGCAAUGAGGCUCUUCGACUCCUUGGCCAACAGCGACUAUUUGAAAAACAAGCCAGUUCUCCUUGUCUUGGACAAACUGGACGUUUUCGAAGAAAAACUACAUUAUUCACCCAUCUCUCGACACUUUACAGAUUUCACCGACUCCGACGCCACCAUGCGGGGUGCAGCGGGAUAUUUUGGCCACCGUUUCCAGCAGAUAAAUAGCACAAAGGGCCGUAAAAUCUGCGUUCACUACACGAAUACUUCUGACGCUACUUCGAUAAAGUCGACGAUGGCUUUAAUGUAUCAAAUGGUUAUGGCACAGACUCUUCGUUCCCAUGGUUUACGCGACAGGUUUUGA